AUGGACCCUCAGGCCGCAGUGGCCCAGGCUCUGGGGGCGGCCGAGCUACCUCGGGGCCCAUUGCUGCCGAGUGCGCGGGAGGCUCCCCUAGGUUCGGGGAUUGGCUUUGCCAUGUCUGACCACUCCAUUCAGAAGGAGAGCAAGACUGAGAAGGCCUUGGAUCGACUAGCCAGAGGAGCACAGAGUAUCCCUAAUGAUAGUCCUAGCCGUGGUGAGAGUGCCCACUCUGAAGAGGAAGGCUUUGCUUUGGAUGAUGAGGAUUCUGAUGGGGAACCGAAUACUUGGGAGCUGCCAGAAGGGGUCUCCAGCUGCCUGCCCCAGGAACAGACGGUGGAUGUUUUUAAUGAGGACUGGGACUUGGAGUUGAAAACAGAUCAAGGGAAUCCUUAUGAUGCUGACGACAUCCAGGGGAGCAUUUCUCAAGAGGUUAAACCUUGGGUGUGCUGUGUCCCACAAGGAGACAUGGUUUAUGACCCCAGCUGGCACCAUCCACCUCCACUGAUACCCCAUUAUUCCAAGAUGGUCUUUGAAACAGGACAGUUUGAUGAUGCCGAUGACUGA